UUCAUCCAACCCUCCUACAGGUGCUCACACCGUAGCGGACAAGCAGGAAAGAGGCUCUCUCUGCCGUGACCUGAGUGCUUUGGUCGUUAGUUCAGGACUCGGACUCACUGAUUCAGUUUUGUUCUGUCUCCAGAGAAACAUACAACAUGUCGAUGGGUAUGGAGAUUGUGGGCAUCGCCCUCGGAUUCAUUGGAUUCAUCCUUGCCAUAGUGACGUGCGCCCUGCCGAUGUGGAGGGUGACGGCCUUCAUCGGAGCCAACAUCAUAACCGCUCAGACCAUCUGGGAGGGUUUGUGGAUGAACUGCGUCACCCAGAGCACAGGCCAGAUGCAGUGUAAGAUCUACGACUCACUACUGGCCUUGCCUCAGGAGCUGCAGGCCUCCAGAGCAAUGACCAUCAUCUCCAUCAUACUCGGGGUGCUGGGAGUCAUGAUCUCCAUCGUCGGUGCCAAGUGCACCAACUGCAUCGAGGACGAGCCGUCGAAAGCCAAAGUGAUGAUCAUCGCCGGCAUCUUCUUCAUCCUCGGCGGCCUCCUGGUCCUCAUUCCCGUCUCCUGGACCGCCAGCGUCAUCGUCCGGGAUUUCUACAGCCCCCUCUUGACCGACCCUCAGAAGAGGGAGAUCGGGGCAGCGCUCUACAUCGGGUGGGGAGCGGCCGCCAUGCUCCUGAUUGGGGGGGCGAUGCUGUGCAGCAGCUGCCCGCCAAAGGAGAAGAAGUACAAGCCACCUCGGAUGGCGUACUCUGCCCCACGCAGCACCAGCGCGGGCGGAGGAUACGACAGGAAAGACUAUGUUUGAACGGAAGUGGCAAAAUGAUUUGGAAAAAAUUUAUUGCACAUGAGUGUGUGUGUUUGUGUGUGUGUGUGUAUAAAUGUGUGUUGUUUUUUGCUCCUUUAAAACGCAGGAUGGACUCCUUCUUAAGACUCCGACAUGAAGACGUGUGAUACAAAUGCUGAUAUACUUGUUUUGCUUGUGGCUAAAAUAUUCAGGUGUGCUCUUUCGUCUUCUUACGUAGUUUAUCCAGUUUCAUUAAUGCCCCCCCCUUUUGCGACAUUGUUUGAACUUCACGUGAAAUCCCUCCUUGUGCGUGUUUGUCUAUCACUGCCGGCUGCACGGUGUCAGGUUUCACUGAAACUGGCUGUUAAAACACUGCGUUUUAUUUCAUUGACAAUGACGAGGAAAAGCCGGCUCUCGUUUUACAUGUAUUGGGUUGUGCGAUUGUUCAGUGUGUUCCCAUCGUGUGCGUGUGUGCGUGUGUGUUUUGCAUCUAAUAUUUGCAUUGGAGAGUUUCUGGUGAGACUGAAACUGAUGAUGGAUCAGUGAUAUGGCUCCAGGAAAUGAUUUCAUCACCUAAAGGCUUUAUUUGUGUUAAGUUUGUUUUAUAUUUUCUGUUAUUAAAUGUGUCUGAAAUGUAUUUUAACAUGUUCAUAUAUCUAAUGACUGUAUAUACAGAUAAACUUCUUCAACCAUU